GGUGCUAAUCAUUGAGUUAUAGAUGGGAUGUUUCCAUCAUGGCGGCAUCCAUUUCGGGAUAUACUUUUAGUUCUGUGUGUUAUCACAGCGCUAACAGCAACUCUGAUCAUGAGGGAUUCCUUUUAGGAGAAGUUAGGCAUGAAGAAACUGUCAGCAUCAGUGAUACACAGAUCAGCAGUUCUGAACUACUCCAAGUAGUAGAAGUCCACAAUCAUGAACCUUGUGCACAGCUAUUUAGCUUUUAUGAUUAUGCUGGACAAGUCAAUGAAGAGAGUCUUAACAGAAUUCUUAAAGACAGACGGAAAAAUGUCAUCGGCUGGUACAGGUUCAGGAGGAACACGCAGCAGCAGAUGUCGUUCAGGGAACAGAUCAUCCAUAAGCAGCUGACCCAGCUGCUAGGAGUGCCUGACCUAGUCUUCCUCCUCUUUAGCUUCAUCUCCACAGCCAACAACUCCACACACGCCCUGGAGUAUGUGCUGUUCAGACCCAACCGCAGCAGGUACAACCAGAGGGUGACCCUCAGCAUCCCAAACCUGGGCAACACCAGCCAGCAGGAAUACAAGGUCUCCUCUGUCCCCAAUACCUCACUCAACUACGCCAAGGUCAUCAAAGAGCAUGGGGCUGAAUUUUUUGACAAAGAUGGUGUGAUGAAGGAUAUCAGAACAAUUUUUCAAGUCUACGGUGCACUACAAGAUAAAGUGCAAUCUGUAUGUGGAGAGGUUGAGCAGAGUGAACGUGUGAAAGAGAAAGUCCAGGAGGAGGUGAACAAACUCAAACAGCAAAUUGUUCUCAGGAAACGAAAAACCACAGAUGAAGAGAGAAGACUCCAGGAAGCGCAGAACCCUGAGCCACGUCUCACUCCUGAGGAGAACACAGAGCCCCCGGAGACCUCCCUCCUGUCCAGAGUGGCCUUCCACACCCCAUCCACCCCCGAGCGGCCAGAUCCCUCCGCAAACCCUCCUGCCUACGCAGACCUCCUCUCCUUGCAGAAUGACUCACUUCUCCCCUUCUCAUCCUCCCCUACCAGUGCUGCGCUGCUCCCACGGCCACAGGCUGUGGGCUCCCCAGGCCACCCUUCUCCCAGCCCAUUAGGUCUGGGCCUCAGUGCUGGCCCCAACCCUGCUCCUAGCCCUGGUACACCAUACCUGGGAAACGGGGACGGAUCCAGCUCUGACUCCCUGGACAGACAGGCCGCAGGGCAAGAGGAUGAUGACGAGGAGGAAAAUGAUUAUGGUGAGGACAGCAGCGAGUACGAGAACCUUGUGAGCGAGGUGGGGCAGUUGCCCCCAGUUUCCGCCAGUGUGUUACUGCAGGGCCGCCCAACCGCCCUCAGUCCGGACGGCGACGCCUCAGUCCAUGGUUCACAGACCUAGUAGAUGGGGAUGUGGGGGGGGGCUCAAUUAACUGACGCACCGAGAUAGGAGGGCAUCCAAACCAAUCAAAGAUAAUUAUUCUAUAUUACAGAGGAAGUGCCAGCCCUGAAAAUAAAAGGCAUGCGCAGGUGGGGUAUUCUGCUGUGUAUAUCUGUUUGUCUUAGUUUUAUCUCUAUUCUGGGGGGAAUGUCAAGCUUCAUGUGGUUUUACUUUUCUGUCUAGCAUGGAAAAGAUAGUCCGUUGGAGCCUGGCUCUCUUCAGUGGAUGUGUUUUGAUUUAGGGACGGAGGACGUUAUAAUGGAAUAAAUGCCAACCGGUUUGUCCGACCUCUCCGAAUGGAUAGACCCACUCCGCUUUUCCAGGAUCAUGCUGUGUCACAUCUGCAUCACGAACUUUAAGCAUCCAAUUGUACCAUUACCUCUUGCACUAUUUUUGCUUUUUUUUAAAAACAAUUUAAGAAAAGCAAAAGGAAAAUGUUCUGCGGCCUUCAAACCUUUUUUUUUUUUUAUGUGAGACAGGUGAGAUUUUUUUUUUCAAUAUUUUUGGUGGUCGUGAUUAGCUUAUUACAAAAAAGAAGAGAGAUGGUGGUGACGUGAUUAGCUUAUUACAAAAAAGAAGAGAGAUGGUGGUGACUGUCAAAGUAAUGGAAACACUUGAGAGUAUAUUCAAAGCAGGUGCUUCCAAACACAGGUGGGGAACCUGAGUUAAGCUAUUAUCAUCCCAUCAUGCCUAUGGGCAUGUAUAAAAAUGCUUGGCAGGCCAUUAUUUUGGCUACUAUGGCUAUGCCACCAACCACAGGGCACUAGUUGUUACUGAAUGGUUUGAUGAGCAUGAAAACAAUGUAAACCAUAUUCCAAUGCUGUCUGUCACCAGACCUCAUCCCAAUUGAACGCUUAUGGGAAAUUCUGGAGCGGUGCCUGAGACAGCAUUUUUCACCACCAUCCAUGUCGCAUCCCUCCCAAGUUCCAGACACUUGUAGAAUCUAUGCCAAGGUGCAUUGAAGCUGUUCUGGCCCCAACGCCCUAUUAAGUCACUUUAUGUUGGUGUUUCCUUUAUUGUCAGUUAUGUGUGUAAACUAUCAUUUUGGUAGCCUGCACGGUUCUAGACACUCAACUUUGAACUGUCAUUAGGAUUUAAUUUCCUUUUAACAUCAAUGUAUUUUUAUGAAUCAUGCGGUUGCCUAUUUAGAUGACGAAGAAUAGUUUUUAUUCAAAGUUUUCUUUUGCCACUACUAUAAUGGGUGCUUAUAUUAUUUUUAUGACAAUGUUAAUGUCACUCUGUCUCAUUCUUCUACAAUAACACUGAAACUGUAUGCGCUUUGCUGCACUUAACAAAUGUAGUUGAUUUAUUUUAUUGUGCUUUACCAAUGCAGUUCAGUUGUGCUACUUGAGUAGUAUGCUUUGACCACCUGAGCAGAGCUAGCUCAGCUUUUGCGCAUUGUAUGGGGUCGACAGGGCGAAAACACAACUUACUGUAGCUUUACUAACCAGACAACUCUGCUGCAUCAGAGUAAACAAGAAACUGCUUCUACAUAGACCUGUCUGCUUCUUCCACCUGUUGUCCUUGCACUGCUGGUUGCCUCCAUUACUGCUGACACUGACUAGAAUGGCUUCUCCCUGGGUAAUUCUGAUGGAAAGGUUCUCCCUGUAGUGUCUAAAUGUGUUACAGCCUGGGAACAAGGCAACUCCUGCCUGUCCUGUCAAAACCAAUAGACCUCACACACUCAAAGCUGGUUGGGCUAAAUGUGUAUGGACCUUUUGAUAAUGUGACAAAUAUGACCUCAAUUCAUAGUCCAGUGCCUUCCAUUUUGACAGUUACACUGGCUCGUAACUACACACACAAUGCAAGCGACUGGAAAGAAGUUUGUUCCAAUUGUGGUGAGAGGAUCCUUUACCCUGCAGUGUUAACCUACGCCGGGUAUAUAUUUGUUCUCUGCUUACCCCACAUCAUAUUUGGUUGUUUACAGUCAUGUUAGUUAAGCUAACGUAGCAGGCAUAAAAUAAAUUCCUGAAGCUAGAUCCCCUACAUACUAGUCUUGACUCGAAGAAAAAAACACUGUCGUAGGAGGUUCUCUUCUGCACUGUUCAAUCAAUCCAGUAAAUGUGGAGGAGUUAAGUGGGAGUGUCGCCUUGUUAAUGUCCAAAAGGAGAAGUUGCAUCACUUGCUCACUUUCCAUUUCCCCUGAAAACCGGAACAUACGGUUGUUGGGGACUCUGCAGAGGCUACUGUCACGUUGGAUGGGUACUGUUAGAAACCAACUUUGCAGUAGACUUUCUUCCUUGACCCUUCACAGAAUCCCAAUAUUGCUGUUUGAAACUGGAAUUACACUGAACAAAAAUAUAAACGUCAAGUUGGUCUGAUUUUUCAUAAUAGGCUGAAAUAAAAGAUCCCAGACAUUUUUUUUCCCAUAUGCACAAAAAGCUUUUCUUUAAAAUUGUUUGCACAAAUUUGUUUAUAUCCCUGUUAGUGAGCAUUUCUCCUUUUCCAAGAUAAUCCAUCCACCUGACAGGUGUGGAAUAUCAACAAGCUGAUUAAACAGCAUGAUCAUUACACAUGUGCACCUUGUGGAGACAAUAAAAGCCACUCUAAAACUUACAGGUUUGUCACACACUUGAGAUGUCUUAAGUUUUGAGGGAGCAUGCAAUUGGCAUGCAGACUGCAGGAAUGUCCGCCAGAGAAUUCAAUGUUAAAAUGACAUUGGAGACAUAAACUGCCUCCAAUGUCAUUUUCGAGAAAUGGCCUCACAACCGCAGACCACGUGUAAACACGCCAGCCCAAGGAUCUCCACAUCCGGCUUCUUCAUCUGCGGGAUCGUCUGAGACCAGCCACCCAGACAGCUGAUGAUCCCAUAUAUAGAUCGAGAGAUGGGUUCUGAGUCAAGCCCAGAACGAUGAGUGUGUGACACAUUUAGAGAUGGCCCAUUGACUUUUCAGAGAUAAGCUAGUGAGUGAGGGGAGACUUGAGUGACUUUAGGGGACCUUGCACGUUUGAGGCAGACAAUGACACAGCUCAAUUCUCCAUGGAUGGUUUUAAGCAUUUAGCAUGAUAAUGUGCAAGGAAUAGUCUGCUAAUUAGCCAGAAGGGAUGUAGGGAGGAGCUUUACCAUGUAAAGCAGUUUGUUAUUUUUACUGCAACCAGCUUUUCCCAUGUACAGCCCAUUUCUUGUAUGUCGCUCUUUCUGUCUUAAGGUCAUCUAGCUUUCCUUCAUCACUUAGCCAUGUCAACUCAUAACGUGGCGGACUGGUACUCCAUUUUUAUUUUAUUGUUUACAAAUUAAUCACUGAAUAACAAAGUCACAACUGAUUAUAAUGACAAAAUUGAGAGUGAAAGGAGUGGUUCCCACUUGAUCACUGGAAUAAAUAAUGGGAGUUAAGAACAAAUAAUAAUGUACACUGUACAGUAGAUGGGAGGGGGUAGCAUUCAAACAGCACUUAUUUAUGAGCAUCUCAGUCAUGUUGGAAGUGGCUGGCAGGAGAGGAGGGUGAAAGUACUCUAAACAACACGGUUUGGCCCCAAGCUGAAAGCGGCCCCUGAGAUCCUUCUCUCUGAAGCACAAAGUCCCAUUAAAUCCCUGAUGUCUGAACAUGUCUAUCAUAGGCGGGACAGUGAUAGACCAAGCUCUUUUGGUCACAGUUGUUCUCUCACAGAGAACACGGUUCUUAUGUGGGGUGUAAUAAAAGAGACAUGCUUAUUUA